CAGUGAAGGAGGAGCGAGCUUGUGCAGGAGGUCCAGGCGCUUCUGCAGGGUUUGUUUGGGGAGAUAAAGAGGAGCUGCGCUCCUGGAGGAGAAAUGAAUGAGCUCUACACAGUUUAAAUUCACAGCGUCCAGAAGAAUCUCCAACUUUGGAAGCUUCAGUGAACGUCUUCUGGUUCCUCUCCACACCAACGUGUCCCACAGAAGAACACAGGCAUGGAGACAACCCACCACUGCGCAGUGUGCGGAAUGAGUUUUGGUCAGAAGGAUCAGCUCCAGCAACACCGGCGCAUUCACCCAAGAGAGAGGCCGUACGACUGCUCAGAGUGUGGGAAGAGUUUCACUAGAGAUAAUCAUCUGAAGCGACACCAGCUCAUUCACACUCGAGAGAGGCCGCAUUGCUGCUCAGAGUGUGGGGUGAGCUUUACUCAGCGGACUCAUCUCCAGCGACACCAGCUCAUCCACACGGGAGAGAAGCCGUACUGCUGCUCAGAGUGCGGGAAGAGUUUUACGAGACAGUGUCAUCUCCGGAAACACCAGCGCAUUCACACGGGGGAGAGGCCGUACGACUGCUCCGAGUGCGGGAUGAGCUUUACUCAGCAGAGCCAUCUCCAGAGACACCAGCUCAUUCACACGGGAGAGAAGCCGUACUGCUGCUCUGAGUGCGGGACGAGUUUUACCAGGCACAGUCACCUCCAGCGACACCAGCUCAUUCACACUGGAGAGAAACCUUUUCAGUGCUCCGAGUGCGGCGAGAGCUUCCCUCAUCAGAGGACUCUCCAAACACACAAGAGCAUCCACACAGGAGAUGAACCGCAUUGCUGUUCAGAGUGUGGGGAGAGGUUUACUCAGCAGAGUCGCCUACGAAUGCACCAGUGUGUCCACACGGAAGAGAAACCACACUGCUGCUCAGAGUGUGGGGAGAGUUUUACUAAAGGGAGUUCUCUCCAACGACAUCAGCUCAUCCACACAGCAGAGAAACCAUAUGACUGCCCAGAGUGUGGGAGGAGCUUCGGGCAUUUGCGUCAUUUAAAGAUACACACAUGCAUAAUGAACGAGUUUGAAAUGAUUGACCUAAAGGAUGUGACGUGUGUUAUUGUGUCGUAGUCACAAGGCGUGACUCAAAGCGAAGGUAGGAGACACUUUGCUAGCACUCUUAUAUGAAGGCUCUUCUUCAGUUUUCACUUCUGCAUUUGAGACGCAAGACCCCGGGGUUGUCCUAGGGCCCGCUGGAGGGAUUAUAUCUCCAAGUUGGCCUGGGAGUGGCUCAGGGUCCACCUGGAAUGGGCUGGAGGAAGUUGCGGGGGACAGCAUCUGGGAUUCUCUACUCUCCCAACUGCUACCACGACCUAGCAUCUGUCGAGCAAAUGUUGAUCUAUCAUCAACAUUUCCAAAACUUGUUCAUUGCUCUUGCAGACUGCGCACUGCACAUACGUUGUACAGUCAGAUCUACAGUACGCCUCUGCAGAAUUUCCCUGGAGCCUGUUUGUGCUCUGUAUGCAAAUAAGAGCGGGAGAAGAGAAGGGGAACUAAAAACACAAUGGCGCACGUGACUCGGGCUUAGUCAGUCUUAUGUAAACAGACAAAUGCUAGUUUUAAGUUACCUCAUCUAAUGUGACAGCUCAGUGUUUUUCAGUUUGUAUCUUUCAAAAAUGACAACUUUUAAAAGUCUUAUUAAAAUGGACAUGCAAAUUUUUA